AUGGCUGCAGCUUACUAUGACCCCCCUGCGUACUCCCCCUCUCAGGGCGUAAAACCCUCGCACGUAGAUUCAGAAAUGGCACAGAAUCCACAACCACCAAUCAAAUGGUUUUCAGAAACAUUCGUCAGUGGCCAGCCGCGGUCCACUGUCGAACUGGCGCUGGCGGGGUCGAUCGGUGACCUUGUGCAGGAGCUUGUGCCGUAUUUAGCCUCCGGGGACAUCUUUGCCGAGCUUGUGGACGAGUCCAGUCGACUUCAAAAAGUCAAGAUAUUAUUCCGCUAUUUGGACGCACAUUCGACCAAUCGAAAACUCAUUGAUGCAUUCCAGAAAGCGGUUGUGAACCGCGCAGGCAUCGAAUAUCUGCUUAACGGAGAUUUGGCUCGCUGA